AUUGCGCCCCUAACAACGGUUUCGCCGAAACAGGCAAACAAAUCACACCUUCUCGACCAGAACGAUAGCCAAUAUCCAACAUUCAGUAAAUAUGCAGGAAAAUUGUUUCUAAAUCUUGAUUUAGACCCCGUAAAAUCAUGAAAGUUUUAAUUCUCAUUGGAUUAUUUUGGUUCUGCGACCAAAGUGCUGCGAAAUAUGUUGAAGGGCACUUGAAAACGAGCGCAGAUUGGGCUUUUUUGGCCAGGUUCUGUUUCCUGUCCUAUCAUGGAAGAUACCAGUAUGAGAUUGAGUACGAAAAGCGUUACGGUGAGGUCAAGUUGUUACUUUACUACGACGACAAAAAACAAUGGCCAGCCGUUUACAAAACAGAUAAGGAACUGACCUGCUCUGAAAAAAUUUCAGUUUUGAGCGUUCUCGACAACCAAAUUGUGCCUCUUACUUUGAAAAAUCACCCAUAUUCGGGUUGUCAGCUGUUGACUCAAAAUGGCAAGGAUUCUGGAAGUGAGCGACGACCCCCGGUACCAAGUGGUGGUGGAAGAACUUCACCCAAGGAUGACCCUUUUACGUUCGAUCAGUUUUUGAAAACAACCACCACAGAGUCCACCGUACCGACUGAGCCGUUUGAUUUCAACAUGACGGAAAGUGAUUUUUCAACAAUCGAAACCAACACUAGCGAGUUUAGCGAUGAGCGCGUUUUGUACUCCAACGUGGAAUUCAACAGUUUGGAGAAUACUACCGAUUAUAAAAUAUUUGUGGAGGAAUUGUUUCACGGAAACCAAGAAAGUAGCAACGUUACAAGGGUCAGACGAGCAUCGAAAUUCGACACCAAACUGGUUGUUAGCUGCUCUAAUCAUGGAACAUUUACUAGCUCGAGACAAAGGUGGUGGUACAUAGCUGUUUCGAACUGUGGCAGUAACAAAGGUCUUGACAUUGUUUAUAGAUUCAAAAUGACGAAUGGUGAAACUGGUGAUUUUUGGCAUGAACACUUUUCUGCUGAUGAGAUGUAUAUCCCUCCAAUCCUUCUGAUUGAAGCUAUUGCCUACACAUUACUUUUACUGGCAGUUUUUCUGUGUGCGGUCGAGUUGAAAUCUCGCCAUCUGUACCAUUGUACGUAUCGACUUUUUGCGUUAAGUGUUUUACUGCAAUGGUUUGGCAUUUUGCUACUGAGUGUGACCUGGGCUAAGUAUGCCGUUUCGGGAUUCGGUCCGUUCCCAGUUUUCGGAGGAUUUUUCACCAGUGCAAGUGAAAUUACGUUCCUGCUACUGUUACUACUCAUGGCGAAGGGCUAUACAAUUACUCGAGCGCGCCUAAAGACAUGUGCAACGGUUAAAAUUACUGUUUUUACAAAUUUGUAUGUGAUUGUGUACAUUUCGCUGUACAUUUAUCAGUCAGAGGCAUUUGAUCCAGGAGAAGUACUGAAUUUGUACGAAUCUCCAGCUGGAUUUGGAUUAGCCGGACUCCGUUGUAUUGGAUGGGGAUUUUUCAUAUAUUCUUGUGCCGCGACGAUACGCAAGUUUACCGAGAAGGGCCCGUUCUACUAUCCUUUUACACUGCUAGGUUCGGUUUGGAUAAUGAGUGGACCAAUUCUGACAGUCGUUGGUGUGAACGUUCUUGAUCCUUGGGUCAGAGAAAGUGUGAUGCAUGCAGCGCUUGGAGCGGUUGCAUUCUGCGGUCAUGUGGCGUUUCUAUGGAUUACCUGGCCAUCUAGAGCAAAUAAAAGUUUCCCGUACCAUGUGCGAACAAAUCACGUCGGUGUUUCGACUGUUGACGAUGAAGUAAACUAUCCAAGGCAUACGUAUGAGCCGGCUCCUCCCGAGACUGGCAUAAUCAUCCCACUAUCUAGCAACGCGACUACACUAAAUGGAAUCUACGAUCAAUAUCUACGCGAAAGAGAUGUGUACCAUAGUUCAUCGACCCCGAUUAGCUACGCAUCUUUCCCUGCGAAUGCAAAGGUGUAUCACAACAGUAAUCACAACGGCCUAAAUCACACACAUGAAAGGAUACGGGCUCCGCUAGGCCCCGGCGAUCCGAUAACCGAGGACACGCACCAAAGUCCUCUGGCGAGUGCUCCACACAGUUUGGCUAUUAGCAACCAUAAUAACAACAACUAUGGUAACGACAUAUUGGUAGACUCCGGGCACCCUUCGCUGGAUGUUUCAGUUUCCACCAGUCCACCAAAGCACGAUGGAGCAGAAUUACAACCGGAAACUGCAGCACCAUCUGCGCCACCAAUGGCGGAAGAGCUGGUUUUGGGUAUCAAUAGUCCGAGACUUGAACCAAAACCGUUUAACCCUUUCAUCGUGGGGGCAUCGUCAGCUUCGGCAGAAGAAAGACGAAGACUUUCUAACAAGGUAAUUCUACCAAGACUCGAAGGGACUCAUGAGGGAAACGUCCCAAAGCACCUUUUCGCUGUAAAACGAGAUGAUAUUACGAGUUAAUAAAAAUAACUCGGAAUUAGGUGUUCAUGUUGACAUUGUAUGUGUAAACAAUAUUUUUUUUGUAAGUGUAAUGCACGAUUGAAUAAAUUGACUUGAACUGA